AUGGCUUCCAACAGAGACUACGACAUCAUAGUGCUUGGUGCGACAGGCUAUACUGGCAAACUCACUGCUGAAUAUCUCGCAAAAUCAGUCACUGAACCAGUCAGAUGGGCUAUUGCUGGACGGUCUCAGUCAAAGUUGAGCGACGUGGCCGCAAAACUCAACAGCUCGAAUGCACCAGCGGGAACGAUCGUUAUCUCAGAACUUACUGUGCCCGAGGUCACGAAGCUAAUAGCUAAGAAGACCAAAAUCUUAAUCAACUGUAUUGGACCAUAUCACAAAUACAGCACACCUGUAGUACAAGCAUGCGCCGAGUCUGGCACUCAUUACCUUGAUGUGACGGGAGAGACGCCCUGGGUGCGUGAAAUCAUCACCAAAUUCGAGGAGACUGCCAAGAAGAACAAGGCUGUGAUUAUUCCAGAAAUUGGCAUUGAAUCAGCUCCAAGCGAUCUCGUUGCUUACAGUGCUGUCAAGCGCAUUCGAGAGAUCUGGGAUUGUGGUGUUAUGGAUAUGGUCGCAGCAGUGCACGAAUUGAAAACCUCUGGUGCAUCGGGUGGCACGCUUGCUACCGGUCUAGGUCUUUUCGAGCACUACAGCGCUAAACAGUUGAAAGCAACGACGAAUCCAUUCUGCUUGUCACCUCUGUCUGAACGCGACCACAGGCAUACAAAAUACCCUGCGCCAACCACAUACCGAAGGACGUUCGGCGAGAAGCUUACAGGUGCCUGGAAAUAUCCGCUGCUUGGCGACCUCACGACCAGUGUCACAGCUGGACCAAAUCAAGCUAUUGUACAUCGAAGUGCUGGAAAGUUCCCAUACUACUACGGCUUCAACUUCAACUAUGCCGAAUACAUGGCUGUUGCAUCACCAAUCAAUGCCAUUCCACCCAUCCGGGCCAUUGUCAAGGGUUUCAUGAAGUAUAAGCCUGGUGAAGGACCAACUGUUGAAUCAACUCAAGAUAACCGGAUGGAAAUCAGAGCCGUGGCAGUGGCAGAGCAACUGUCAAAGAUACCCAGGAAAGCAUUUGUGAACUUUCUCUUCGAGGGUGGAAUGUAUGAGCUUACUGCCAGAUUGAUCGUCCUUGGCGCAAUCACUCUUCUCAAGGAGCAGGACAAGAUUGUCAAGACUCAUGGUUAUGGUUUCUUGACACCAAGCUCCCUAGGGCAAGGCUAUAUUGACAGAUUAGACAAGGCAGAUGUCAAGAUCAAGGUCAAGCAGCUGGGUGACCUUGGCAGCAAGUAG